AUGGCGGAAUCGGUGUCUGAGUCUUCAUCUGUCGGAAAGCAACAUAUCCCGACCUUCAAGCACGACAUGGGAGGCGAAGAGACCCACGAGGAGCACGCCGUCGGCAGCAUGCUUCCCCCUCACCAGGAGGAGAAGCAGCUCGCUUGGGCCCGCAUCCGAGAGAACCUUCAGGAUGGCUUUUCUGAGUUUUUCGGAACCAUGGUCCUCGUCUUGUUUGGUGACGGUGUCGUUGCCCAGGUUGUCCUGAGUAACAGCACCAAGGGUGACUACCAGAGUAUCUCUUGGGGCUGGGGAUUGGGCGUCAUGCUCGGCGUUUACUGCAGCAAGAAAUCCGGUGGUCAUCUCAACCCGGCAGUGACACUCGCCAACUGCGUGUACCGUGGCCACCCGUGGCGCAAAUUCCCCAUCUACUUCAUUGGUCAGCUGCUGGGUGCCAUGGCGGCGGCCUUCAUUGUGUACGGCAACUACAUCAAGGCCAUCGACGCGUUCGAGGGCGGCGCCGGAAUCCGCACCGUCGGAGGACCCAACUCCACGGCCGGCGUCUUUUGCACAUACCCCGCCGAGUUCAUGACACGGACGGGCAUGUUCUUUUCCGAAGUCAUCUCGUCGAGCAUUCUCCAGUUCGUCAUUUUCGCCCUCGCCGACCCCGCCAACGGAGCCGCCGGACCCUUCAUGCCCUUGGCCCUCUUCUUCCUUAUCUUCGGCAUUGGUGCCUGCUGGGGUUGGGAGACGGGCUAUGCCAUCAACCUGGCGCGUGACUUUGGCCCCCGCCUGGUUUCGUACAUUGUCGGAUACGGUCCUGGUGUGUGGUCCGCCGGUGGAUACUAUUUCUGGAUCCCUAUGGUUGCCCCCUUUUUCGGAACCCUCCUCGGAGGCUUCCUGUACGACGUAUUCAUGUACACGGGAGAGAGCCCGAUCAACAGCCCCUACUUUGGCCUGACCCGUCUCUUCCGGCCCCGUCGGGACGUGUGGUCUAACACCUACAAGAACCGCUUGGAUAAGGUGUAG